CAGAGCUCAAUGGGGGAGGAACGACAAAGUGCACUCGCAGGCAAACGGGACAGGGACAGGGACGGAGCCACCCAUUCUUGGUCAAACAAGCUUGUUUGCAAUUUCAUCACUCCUCCGAAACCGUCCCCAGGUGUCAUCACGCGAGCAAUGGCUACAAUGUCGACCGCAAAAUCUGCAAUCCCAGCCAUCUCCUUUCGUAUUCCUGCUUCGCUCACACCCCAAGAGGAUUUAACAGAAAAAAAGGAAAGAGAUGCCCUCCUCCUGUUUCCUCUUAAUGGCCCUCCCUCCCCUAAUACUAUUUCCGUGGCUUCAUUCUCCAAUGCUCGUUGUCUCUGCGAAGCCUGCGACCUCUGGUUGGCGAAAGUGUUGGUUUUGUUGAGCCGCGGGAGGAAUUCGAGGAAUCCCGUUUCUUUUUUUUCUCUUUUUGUUGCAAUCCCGAGUUGGCACCUUGAUCUCGGAGCUGGAGCAAAGGCGAAGGCAAUUCGUGGGAUUUCUUGAGGUGGGUGUCUGCGGAUGAGGUGUUUGUGGGAAGUUCUCUGAGGAUAGAACCGAUCUUGGCGAGUGCAUUGGAAUUCUUGGCUUUUUCGAAAUGGAGUGAGCAUAUGGUGGGUUGGAAUGGCUCCAGUUACUGAUGUCGCGCCUCUGAUGACCCGGUUGGCCCUUGAACACGAACAAUGCAAGGGAAGUACGUCGUCCAUGGAGGAUGAGGACAAUGACACGUUGGAGAACUUGAGCUCAAACAAGACCGGGAAGCCUCCAAGGAACCUCUCUGUUAUACGCCAAUGUAACAGCUCUGCUUGGUUGUCUGAAUUGUGGAUCUUCAUGCAGGACUCUGACCUCGGAAUUAUUGGUUUCAAGUCACCAACGCUUGAGAAAUCAGGUUUCUUACCUGUUUUUCGUUCCGGAAGCUGCUCGGAGAAAGGUCCAAAACAGUUUAUGGAGGAUGAGUAUAUUUGCGUGGAUAAUCUUUAUGAACAUUUCGAUUCAGCUGUGCAAGUCCCCUCCCCUGGGGCAUUUUAUGGGGUGUUUGAUGGGCAUGGAGGUACUGAUGCAGCAUCUUUCACCAGAAAGAACAUACUUAAGUACAUAGUUCAGGACUCCAACUUUCCGGCUGGCUUAAAAAAAUCAGUGAAGAGUGCUUUUGCGAAAGCGGAUAAUGCAUUUGCAGAAGCUAGCUCCUUAGAUAGUUCCUCAGGCACUACUGCUUUGACUGCCCUUAUAUUAGGCAGUAAUAUGCUAAUUGCCAACGUCGGAGACUCCAGAGCUGUCUUAGGCAAACGAGGGAGAGCAAUUGAGCUGUCCAAGGAUCACAAACCCAACUGUACCUCUGAAAGAUUGAGAAUCGAGAAACUGGGCGGUGUCAUAUAUGACGGCUACCUCAAUGGUCAACUAUCAGUUGCACGUGCCCUCGGUGAUUGGCACAUCAAGGGUUCAAAGGGUUCAAAGUGCCCUCUGAGCUCUGAGCCAGAGUUGGAGGAGCUUGUCUUGACAGAAGAAGACGAGUUCCUCAUAAUUGGUUGCGAUGGGCUCUGGGAUGUGAUGAGCAGCCAAUGUGCGGUCACCAUGGUUAGGAAAGAGCUCAUGCAACACAACAAUCCCGAGAAAUGCUCAAGAGCACUCGUCGAGGAGGCACUCCAACGCAACACAUGCGACAAUUUGACAGUAGUUGUGAUCUGUUUCUCGCCGGAUCCGCCCCCUAAGAUCGAAAUCCCCAAAUCCCAUAAGAGGAGGAGCAUAUCUGCUGAAGGGCUGGACGUUCUUAAGGGCGUGCUGAACGGUAUAUGAAGAACUGCCUCAUUGCUUUGUGUAGGUGAGAUUUAGAAACACUUAGUUUUGUUGGGGGCAGGGAUUUUUCCGAGUUACCGCCGUCCCGCCACCUUUUCGAAAGCUAGAAAAUAUGUGUUCGUAUGUCUUGUAAAGUUGAGGAUUAGUUGUCGAUUUUCGCUUGCGUUUUACCAUCCGGAUUUGAAUUAGUGCAGUUCAGUUCCUCUAAUGGG